CUGCUUGCUCAUAGAAACUAGCUAAACUUGUAAGACAAUUUUAUUGAUAGUAUUAUCACUUAUCACACCAUGGCCCCUACGUGGCUUCUUCUAGUCUUUUUUAUUGCCCAUUGCAUGGGUGAAAGACCCAUGGUGAGUACCCCAUUGGGUCAGAUUCAAGGGUACCAUCGAAAGUCAGCCAAAGGCAACGUUUUCGCAGCUUUUGAAGGCAUUCCAUAUGCGAAACCACCCAUUGGUGGGCUUAGAUUCGAACCACCGGAACCCAUCGACCCAUGGAAGGGUGUCUGGAACGCCAGUACCACCUUUGAGUGUGCCCAGACCACUCUGAUGCGACCCGAAUUAAUAGAAGGGGAUGAGGACUGUCUUUAUUUAAACGUCUACGUGCCACGUGACCACCCAGACCCAUCGGCCACCCAUGACGUGGUGGUCCACAUCCAUGGUGGGUUAUUUAUGUAUGGUAGUGGCCACUCCUACGCCCAUCCUGACUAUUUCAUGGACGCAAACCUAAUUUUCGUCACUUUUAACUAUCGAGUUGGCGUUUUUGGCUUUUUGAGUACCGGCGAUGACGUCAUUUCGGGCAACAAUGGGUUAAAAGACCAAGUCAUGGCCUUGAAAUGGGUCCAAGACAAUAUUGCUAGUUUCGGGGGAAACCCAUCAAGUGUGACCUUGCAUGGGUUAUCAACGGGUGGUUCUUGCGUCCAUUUGCACUACCUGUCACCCAUGAGUCAUGGGCUGUUCCAUCGUGGGUUCUCGCAAAGUGGCGUGGCCUUGAACUCGUUUGCCUUGCAAGAGGAGGCGCUUGUCAAGGCCAAAAGAGUGGGGGCAGGAGUGGGGUGUCCAAUAGGGAGUACGAGAGAGUUGGUCACGUGUUUGAAGACACGCCCAGCGGGGCAUAUUUUGGGACAAGUGUCUAGGUUUUUUGGGUACAAGUUUUUACCAGUUGCCCCAUUUGGGCCCGUUUUGGAAAAAGGAGACAAGGCUUUUGUGACCAAAAAUUUCUACUAUCUCUUGGCCAUGGGACAGGUGAUGAAUGUACCAUGGAUGGUGUCGAGUGUGACACAUGAAGGGCUUUUUCCAACGGCGUUUUUGACCAAAGAACUUGAACUUGUUAGUAAAAACUGGACCGAUUUGGCUCGUUUUAUUCUUGAUUAUAAUGAUACGUUGGCGACGCCUCUGUGGAAGACCACAGCCCAAGAAAUCAGAAAUUUCUAUUUCGAAGAAAAUGAAGAAAUUUCUGAAGAAAAGCUAGUCAGACUGGUCAGUGACCGGUUUUUGGUCGAUGUUGACUCUGCUAUUAAACUACAAGCCAAAAGCAACAAAUCGCCUGUUUUUUAUUACCAGUUUGGGUUCCCUUCUGAAUCUAGCACCCAAAAAACCGUGGCUCAUAGCGAGGAUGCUCAGUAUUUGUUCCACAACAUGUUCCAAAAACAGCCAACAACCGACGAACUCAAAAUGAAGGAUGUCAUGAUGGAGAUGUUCCUCAGUUUCGUCAAAAAAGGGAAACCAGAAAUUUUUGAUUUAGAAUGGCCAAGUGUCCAAGCACCUGAUAUUUCCUUCGUCAAAAUUGCCGGUGUUAAGCCUGAAGAUGUCACAGUCGAAACGUUGAAAGAGCUCGCACCCCGUGAUUUUUGGAAGAGUUUGGGUUUUUUAGAAAACCAAAACUUAGUUUUGUUAAAAGAUGAGUUGUAAUAUCGUUGUUAAUAAAUUUUUAAAAAGGUA